CAAAUUCAUGCACUAGGCCCCUAGUUUUAUAAUAUAUUGUGCAUAUAGUAUAUAAUUUAUUCCUCAAAAUAACCAAAUCUUUUAUAUCCAAUUUUUUUUUUCAUUAGAGAAAUAGGAAUGUCUUAAUCUUACCAACUUCUGUAAGUUUAUUUCCUGGAAUACUAAGGCCCAUAGAUAGCAAAAAGACAACAGUCUUUGGGAUUUUCAAAGGAACUACUGCCCUAGAAAUUAUUUUUCCUUAUGUUAUAUUUAUUUGUAGGGUGCACAAAGCUCUUGUAAAUUGUUUACUCUAGAAGGACAUAACACUUUGAAAAAGAAAAUUGAAAGAUGGUACUUCUUCUUAGGGAAAAAAACAAACCACAGCCAUCAGGAAGUGGAAACCAGGCAUCUUAAUCUUGCUCAAAAGUAUAACAACCAAGCCCAUGCUGUUCUGACAUAGCAUAUAGAGUAUCUAGUUUAUUGAUAUUGGGGAAGCAUCUAAUCUGUAAUAUAUGAAAUCUUUCUUUAAACUGUAAAUCACAAGGACAAGAAUCUUGUCUCUUUUAUUAACAGUUUUGUCUCCAGUAUUUAGCACAAUGCAUGGCACAUAAUAGGUACUUAGUAAAUAUUUAUUGGAUGAAUGGUAGUAUAUAACACUGUAAACAUAGUCAAUCUGGAGAGAAAUAAUCCUUAAAAUUACUUUUAUUUAUGGUGAGAGAAGAUAUAUGAGGAAGAUAAUAAUAAUUUUAUAGGUUUCAUAUCUAUUUUUUUGGUUCUAUUAUUUUGUUGCAUGUUUGAAUGGAGAAUUAUGAAAGGGGAAAGAUCUGACCCACAGAUUAAACUGAUCAUAAAGAGAUACAGAGAUCGUUGAGGUGACUCAUUGAAAUGCCCUUAAUAGAAUAAGAGAGACUUUAUACUGCAGCUGUUUGCUGAUAUUCAGAGGAAGAACUACCUAUUUUUAUCCCUUGGCCACAUUCCAACAAACUGUCCCAGCAGAUUAAGCCGAGGCUUUGGCUUUACAGAUAAAGUAAUAAAGAAGAGCCAGUGUCCCAUCGGGGUCUUUGGUAAUGGUUUCAAGUCAGGCUCCAUGCGGCUAGGAAAGGAUGCUCUUGUCUUCACCAAGAAUGGGGGUACUCUCACUGUUGGACUCCUAUCACAGACUUACCUGGAAUAUGUCCAGGCCCAGGCAGUUAUUGUACCAAUUGUUCCAUUCAACCAGCAAAACAAAAAAAUGAUUAUUACUGAGGAUUCCUUGCCCAGCCUAGAAGCCAUCCUGAACUAUUCAAUUUUCAACAGUGAAAACGAUCUGCUGUCCCAGUUUGAUGCCAUCCCAGGCAAAAAAGGCACUCGUGUUCUCAUUUGGAACAUCCGCAGAAAUAAAGAUGGAAAGUCUGAGUUGGACUUUGAUACAGAUCAAUAUGAUAUCCUGGUAUCAGACUUUGGCACAGAAGAAAAAGAGACUGGUGGUGUUACUUCUGAACUGCCAGAAACAGAGUAUUCUUUACGGGCAUUUUGUGGUAUUCUGUAUAUGAAGCCAAGAAUGAAAAUUUUUCUGCGUCAAAAGAAGGUGACUACCCAGAUGAUUGCCAAGAGCCUGGCGAAUGUAGCAUAUGAUAUAUAUAAACCUACCUUCACAAAUAAGCAGGUGAAAAUAACUUUUGGGUUCUCUUGCAAGAAUAAUAACCAGUUUGGAAUAAUGAUGUAUCACAACAACCGACUCAUAAAGCCCUUUGAAAAGGUGGGAUGCCAAGUGAAGCCAACUCAUGGAGAAGGUGUGGGAGUAAUUGGAGUCAUUGAGUGCAAUUUCUUAAAACCUGCCUACAACAAACAAGACUUUGAGUACACCAAGGAGUACCGGUUGACAAUAAAUGCCCUUGCCCAGAAACUCAAUGUUUAUUGGAAGGAAAAGACUUCCCAAGAGAACUUUGAAACCUCAGCCAUAGCCAGGAUAAUACCGAAGAUUCCUGACCAGACGUGGGUACAGUGUGAUGAAUGUCUUAAAUGGAGGAAGCUUCCUGGCAAGGUUGAUCCAUCUACAUUACCUGCAAGAUGGUUUUGUUACUAUAAUUCCCAUCCAAAGUACAGGAGAUGCUCUGUCCCAGAAGAACAAGAACUCACUGAUGAAGACAUGUAUUUGAGCAAAGCUAAGAAACAAGAUCAAACUGUUGAGAAGAAGAAGGUGCCCUUGGAAAAAGAGAACCACCAGGUAUUCACUAAUCCACUGAAGAUUCCUACGAUUCAAGACAUGGAUGAAUUAAAUAGCCAAACAAUUGGAUAUGAAGAAAUUGAUAGCCCCAGCCAGUUUCCAUCUGUUGGAGAAGAAAACAAAACACCUGCUCUUCAACUUAAGCCUCUGGAUUCCAGUGUUUUCCAGUUUUCCAGUAAGUACAAAUGGAUCCUAGGUGAGGAACCUGUGGAGAAACGAAGAAGGCUUCAGAAUGAGAUAACAACACCUCCUCUAGAUUAUUCCAUGCCUGGAUCUUACAGAAGGGUAGAGGCAGCUGUUGCUUACCCAGAAGGAGAGAACAGCCAUGAUAAAUCCAGUUCUGAGAGAAGCACACCACCGUAUCUUUCCCCAGAAUACCCAGAAGCAAGCAAAAGUACCAAUCAAAGUAGGGAGGCUUCAGUUCUGUAUCCAGGAGCCCAAGAACAUCAGGGGUCCCUGCUCCCUGAAGAAUUAGAAGAUCAGAUGCCAAGAUUGGUAGCAGAGGAAUCUAACAGAGGUAACAUAAACAAGGAAGAAGUAAACAAAGGACCUUUUGUAGCUGUUGUUGGAGUUGCAAAAGGUGUUCGAGAUUCAGGAGCUCCCAUUCAGCUGAUCCCUUUUAACCGAGAGGAGCUUGCUGAGAGAAGAAAAGCAGCUGAAUCCUGGAACCCAAUGCCUUAUUCUUCUGUGGCUUCUGCUACAACUCCUGCUGCAGCCGCUGGGGAGAAAGGAAGAGGCUAUGAGGAGAGUGGAGGUCAUAAUACACCAAAGAUGAAGAACCAAAGAGAGUUGGAGGAACUGAAAAGAACCACUGAAAAAUUGGAACGUGUUCUGGCAGAAAGGAAUUUGUUCCAGCAAAAGGUGGAGGAGCUGGAACAGGAGAGGAAUCACUGGCAUUCUGAAUUCAAGAAAGUCCAACAUGAAUUGGUGACCUACAGUACCCAGGAAACAGAAGGCUUGUAUUGGAGCAAGAAGCACAUGGGUUAUCGCCAAGCUGAAUUCCAGAUUCUGAAAGCUGAGCUGGAAAGAACCAAAGAGGAAAAGCAAGAACUAAAAGAGAAACUGAAGGAGACAGAGACACACCUGGAAGUGCUGCAGAAGGCUCAGGUCUCCUACCGGACCCCAGAGGGAGAUGACCUAGAAAGGGCUUUGGCAAAGCUUACGCGGCUGCGUAUCCACGUCAGCUAUCUCCUUACUUCUGUCCUCCCUCACUUGGAGCUUCGUGAGAUCGGGUUUGACUCAGAACAAGUGGAUGGGAUCCUGUAUACGGUGCUGGAGGCAAAUCACAUACUGGAUUGAACACUAGACUAUAUACUCUAUCUACCCCUCUCCUCUUCUCUUCUCUUCUCUUCUCUUCUCUUCUCUUCUCUUCUCUUCUCUUCUCUUCUCUUCUCUUCUCUUCUCUUCUCUUCUCUUCUCUUCUCUUCUCUUCUCUCCUUCCCUCUCCUCUCCU